AUGGCGGUGACUGGUAACAAGCGAGGCCAUGCAAGCAACGUCGCCUUCGCGAACGUCGACGGCGCAAGGAAGAAGAAAUGCGUCGACAUCCACUCGCUGCUUACCGUCACGAAACCGUUGUCUGCUCGGGCUUUAAGCCACGCAGCCAAGAAACAGACAGACCAUACGAAGUCGUCAGGCAGCAUUCCCGUGAAAUUAAGCGAAAUUCGCAACGGGAAUGGCGCGGGACGAGGAAUUGCACAGACGCGACUUGCUACAGAGAGAGGAGGGCUUGUCGACAAGGCGACAUGGACGUUCAAGCCCGCUUCGGAGGCACGUGAGAGGGCGAGUGGGAGCAGCCGUGGAUCCGCAAGCGACACCGGCGAACAACGAGUGGUGGAUCUUGCCGAAGACGACGACGAGCUGUACGAAGAUGCAGACGAUGUUACUGGGUUACACGGCUUGGAUGCGAUCAGAGAAGACAGAUCGUCGCAGGACGACGAGGAGGACAGCGACGAAGAGAACGAGGAGAGCAGCGACGAGGGGAGCUCUGACGACGAGAACGAGGGGGAUGUGGAGGAGGUGGUGGUGGUGGAAGGAAAGGUGCGAGAGGUGAAGCAGCAGCUUCACGGAAGCGACCGCUGCACCGGAGUGAAGUGCUCUGAGCCGCCUGCAGACGCUGAGUUGGACGAUUUGAAGUGCUACGAGUGCGGCCGGGAGGACGGCGAAGACGAAAUGCUUAGCUCGAUCGUCGACUUCUUCCGUAUUCAGCGCCCCCCUGGCCUCUCACCUGAGAAAACACCUGCCGCGGCAGGCGGAAGCGCCACCAAACCUGAUGUAACCCCUGCUACCAGGACACCUGGAAAGAAACCUGUCGUGUCGGGGAGCAGCGAGGGCGAUAGCAGCGGGCAGAGCAGCGGAGUUACCACACGGCGAACGGAGCACAGCCGAGGAGCAUCAGGCGGCGUCGCACUGGGUGCUGGGGAUGCGGCGGCCGAGGGCGGUAGGCGUAGAAGCAGGAACAGCGCAGAUGCUGACUGUAGGAGCGUAGGAGCUAGUCAGACUCGCAGCGUAGAUGCUGCUAGGCUUAGCAUAGACGGUCAUGUAGGUGCUAGAAACGUAGGUGCUAACUAUAGAGACUUAGGUGCGAGUAACCCUAGUAACGCAGGCGCUUCUGCUAGUAGCGGUUUGGGCGCAAGCAGUGGCUGUUUGUGCAGAACGAAGCGCAGCAGCACUGCCUGCAGAAGCGCAACGGCUGGUGGCGGAAGUGAUAACGGCGGGAGUGGGAACGAGAGCAUGAUCACAGAUAGUGACGGCUGUAGGUUAACUGCUAACACAGGCACCGGCAACACUGCUUCCCACUCCAGCAGCAGCGACGUGAAAAAGAGGGUUCCGGGCAGUGGCAGCAGCGGCAGGAGGAAGAGGCAGACCCGAGUGAAGCUGAGCAGAAAGCUGUUCGCCCAUCGGCCUGUCCCCGACCCGGAGAGGCGUCUGGAGCAACUUAGGUCCCUAGCCACCGCUCUGACAGCUAUUGGGGCGCGGUUCGUGGAUGGGCUGGAGUACCCCUUUAAAGCCGUGCCUAGGGGGAUGAACGAGCCAGGGAGGGAGGUGGGGGGGAUGCAGGUGCUGAGUCGGGAGAACGUGGGUGUUUUGGAGCGGUGCAAAGAGAUGUGGAGGAAUGGGGCGCCUCCACCGCUGAUUGUCAAGCACGACCCUUGCCAGGGCUUCGUGGUGGAAGCGGAUGCGCCUAUAGCGGAUCGCACGAUCGUGACGGAGUACGGGGGGGUGGUGGACAGCAUGGCGCGGAGGCGGCACGACCCCUGCGAUGCCAUGAUGGGGUUACUGUUCACGGGGCGGGAUAAGACGGAUCUUGUAAUCUGCCCGGAUCGGGCGGCAAACUUUGCGCGGUUCAUCUCAGGAAUCAACAACCACACCAAAGAGGGUCGCAGGAAGAUCAACCUGCGCUGUGUGCGCUUCAGUGUGGGCGGGGAGGCGCGGGCGCUGCUCAUCGCCACGCAGCGGAUCGCCAAGGGCGAGCGGCUGUACUACGACUACAACCGCCUCGUGCACGAGUAUCCCACCAUGCACUUCGAAUGA